GCCAGUGCAAACGCCCAGUGUUAAACGCAAGUAAUCCCAAGAAUUCCAACGCAAAUUGUGAGUGUGAGUGGCGAAAGGAAUCCCGUUCUCCAUUCUGCGGAUAGAACUUUGCCUAGGAGAGGAAGUACCUGAGAUGCCAAGUGCCAGGAUGUUGUAGAAUGAGUGACUACGACCACAUCGAUUCGGUGAACGCCAGCGGCAGUGAUCCGCUCCUGGAUCUGCACAACCUAGGCGGCAUCGCCGAGAGCGUGGAGCUGCAGUGCCUGGUGCAGGAGCACAUAGAGGCCUCCACCUAUGGCAACGACAGUGGCCACUGCCUCACCCAGUUCGACUCGAUCCUCUGCUGGCCGAGAACUGCUCGCGGUACCCUGGCGGUGCUCCAGUGCAUGGACGAGCUGCAGGGCAUUCACUACGACAGCAGCAAGAACGCAACGAGGUUCUGCCACGCCAAUGGCACUUGGGAGAAGUACACCAACUACGAUGCCUGCGCCCACCUGCCCGCCCCCGAGUCCGUGCCGGAGUUCGAGGUCAUCGUGGAGCUGCCCACCAUUAUCUACUACAUUGGAUACACCCUCAGCCUGGUAUCGCUCUCGCUGGCGCUGAUUGUUUUCGCCUACUUCAAGGAGCUGCGUUGCCUGCGCAACACCAUCCACGCCAACUUGUUCUUCACGUACAUCAUGUCGGCUUUGUUCUGGAUACUCCUGUUAUCCGUCCAGAUCUCCAUCCGAAGUGGAGUGGGCAGCUGCAUUGCCCUGAUCACCCUGUUCCACUUCUUCACCCUGACCAACUUCUUUUGGAUGCUGGUCGAGGGCCUGUACCUGUACAUGCUGGUGGUUAAGACCUUCUCCGGGGACAAUUUGCGCUUCAAUAUCUACGCCUCCAUAGGCUGGGGUGGACCGGCCUUGUUUGUCGUCACCUGGGCAGUGGCCAAGAGUCUGACGGUCACCUACAGCACCCCCGAAAAGUACGAAAUCAACUGCCCCUGGAUGCAGGAGACCCAUGUGGAUUGGAUUUACCAGGGACCUGUCUGUGCGGUGCUAAUAAUCAAUCUCACCUUCCUGCUGCGCAUCAUGUGGGUUCUCAUCACAAAGCUGCGCUCGGCCAAUACAGUGGAGACUCGUCAGUACCGGAAAGCUGCUAAGGCCCUGCUGGUGCUAAUCCCACUUUUCGGCAUCACCUACCUGGUGGUGCUCGCUGGUCCCUCGGAAUCCGGCCUAAUGGGUCACAUGUUUGCCGUACUGCGAGCGGUGUUACUCAGCACUCAGGGGUUCUCGGUGUCGCUGUUCUACUGUUUCCUCAACUCGGAGGUGCGAAAUGCACUAAGACACCACAUUUCCACGUGGCGGGACACGCGCACCAUCCAGCUGAACCAGAACCGCCGCUACACGACGAAAAGCUUCACGAAAGGCGGUGGUUCCCCUCGGGCCGAGAGCAUGCGACCUCUGACCAGCUACUAUGGGCGUGGCAAGCGGGAGUCGUGCGUGAGUUCGGCCACCACCACCACGCUGGUGGGUCAGCAUGCCCCACUCUCGCUCCACCGGGGCUCCAACAAUGCCCUGCACACGAUGCCCACUUUGGCGGCGAAUGCCAUGGGUUCCGGCAGCACUCUGAGCGUAAUGCCCCGGGCCAUUAGUCCCCUCAUGAGGCAAGGACUCGAGGAGAACUCGGUGUAGACAAAUUCAAACCCCCAGCAACUGCAUCUUAAGAGACUGAACUUUCAUUGAAUUCCGCUUCCGUGUCGCAGAUCUGCGAGUGCGAUUAGUUAGCUAGUACUACUAUACACAUUUAAGGCUGGAGUGCGAUGAGCGAUGAAAGGACGAAACCAAGUACCAAGCGGAGCAAGCAAGCAACAUAAGUUAGGUCAAUCGUUUUAAACUGU